AUGGAGACUGGUCCUGGUGUUCAGUUUACUGCAGCUUCCUUUUCUGAUCAUUAUGGCCUUGAUACUAAUUGGUAUUUUGAUUGUUCAGCUGGCCCCAAGCCAUUUAAAUUCCUUAAGAUCUGGUGUGUCCAAGAAGAAAUUGAUAAGAUUGUUGCUCAAGCAUGGACUUCUGCAGGAUCUGGAAAUGCUUUUCAUAUGUUGCAACAGAAGUUAAAGGCUGUGAAAACUGCUGUUAAAGAAUGGAAUAAGGUCAAAGGUACAACUUCAGAGCAAAUUCAAGUUCCUAGGGAUGAUUUGCAGAAACUUCAAUUGGAUAUGUUGCAAAAUAUUCCAGUGUCUCGGGAGAGUAUUGAUAAAGAAAUAGAAGCUUGUGGUAAGCUACACAAUGCUUUGGCUAUUGAAGAAAUUCUUUGGGCCCAAAAGUCUAGAAGUAAAUGGUUACAAGAAGGGGAUAAGUGUACUGCAUUUUUCCAUAACAUGGUCAAGAAAAGGAGAGGAUUCAAUGCUAUUACUCACCUACAAAAUACUACUGGAGAGCAGACUGCAGAGACCAAGCAAGGCGAGAUAAUUGAAGAUACUUGUCCUCCUAGAAAAAUGUUGACCCCUACAGAGUGCAUUUCUCUUGAUUGCUCGGUUACAAUGGAAGAAGUCAAAGACGUGGUUAUGCAGUUUCAUCCUGACAAAGCCCCUAGACUAGAUGGGUUAAGUAUUGUGCUUCCUUCUCUCAUUGGCCCUGAGCAGUCUGCCUUUAUUAAGAACAGAAGAUUGCAUGACAAUAUAUUGCUGGUCUCUGAUUUGGUGAAGGAUUUUGGAAAGAAAACAGGGGGACCUUCUAUGGCAUUGAAGACAGAUAGAGUUCAGUUAUGCAAGAUGGUGGCCAAAACUGGAAUGAAUAUUUCUCAUGCUUUUUAUGUAGAUGACCUUCUUAUGGUGGUUAAGGAUGUUAUUUCAACUGCAAAAAAUGUGGAUGCUAUUUUCAAGAAAUUUAAGGCAAUUUCUGGUCUUCAAGUUAAUCAGGAAAAGAGUUCAAUUAUCUAUUCCACAUCAGUUAGAGGUAUAACAAGGUUGUCCAGCAUUCUUCAUUUUCAGACUGAAUCUUUCCCUUAUAAAUAUCUUAGUUUGCCUUUAUCUAAUAAUAGGCUGAGAUCAGGUGAUUUGAGAUUGCUUCUGGAUAAAAUUAAUUCAAGGUUAGCACAUUGGAAUACUAUAAAUUUGUCACUUGCAGGGAGGAUUGAAUUAAUCAAAUCUGUUUUGUACUCUUAUCUUUACCAUUGGAUGUUUGGAUUUAAAAUUCUGUGGGUGGUUAAGUAUCAGUUGGAGAAGAGAUUUAAAUGGUUUUUGUGGAGUGGUAAGCAAGAUGUGAAGAAGUUAUCACAAGUGAAGUGGAGUCAAGUGACUCUCCCUGUGGUUGAGGGGGGUUUCAAUAUUAGAAGAAUACAAGAUAUUGACUGUGCUACUAAGAUGACUUUGUGUUGGGAAUUUUUAGGGGAUUCUCCUAUUUGGAAACAAAUUUUGGGUGUUAGACAGUUAAUAAAGGACAAUUCCGAGUUUCAAAUUGGUGAUGGUUUGAGGUUUAAACUUUUAACUGAUCCCUGGUGCAAUAAUCAAUCAUUAAUUCAACAGUUUGGGGCUACUAGAUUUAGACAAAUUGAGAGAAAUACUAUGGUGUCUUCUAUUAUUCAUAAUGGUGAGUGGAUGUUCCCAGUUGAUUUUCCAGAGAUUGCUUGUACUGCCAUUCAACGACUUCAGUUGCAGGCUGGGACUGAUACAAUUUCAUGGAAGCAUGGGCGAUUUUCUUUGAAAGCUGCUUGGAGUUUAUGUAGACUAAAAAAAAACAGACUUUUCAAUGGAGUUCUCUUUGCUGGGGUCAAUGCCGACCUAAAAUAG